AUGUCACUUGGCGCAUUCAAAUCAGCUCUUGGUAUGAGUCUCUAUGACAAUCCUCUGCCUAAUGGGGAUCGGUGGAUAAUGCAGCGACUGACUAAUGUUGUUCAUGAAUAUUAUGACGGUUGGUUUGAUGUUCUAUAUCGAAUGCAAGCCCGCUAUCGGUGUAAAGGUGGUCAUGACUGGACAUCUUCAUGGACUAUGAUUUUAUUUCGAUUUUAUCGCAAUGAAAAGAAACAUUUUGGACUGAUUCGACUGAAACGCUUUGGACAACGUUGUGCUAAAUGCAAAGAUGAUAGGGAAUAUUAUACUGGAUCUUGUACAAACGAUGAAGUUUGGUAUAUAACUCAAUGUGUUCUAUUUCACAUUUUGCAAAAAUGUUAUGAGAAAAGACCCAUACGCGACCUUGAUGUUUUACCAUAUAUUAUUGGGAUACAAAAUGUUCCUAGUAACAAGCCCGGUGGAAUGGCACACCAAAGAGAGUGUUGCGAAGCUUGUGCCGCCAACUACUGCCAAGAAAUGUAUAAAAAAUUGAACAAAAUGCAGUGA